AUGAAUAGUAAAUAUCCUAAUUCGGGGUGCACUUUGAAAGAAGAUGCUCAAUCUGAUGGGUUGUAUAAUAAAUCCAAAUAGAGCACUGAUUUUAAUGGGAACUUGGAGUUCUCGAAAAAUAAGAGUAAUUCUGCUGCCUCUUCUUUAAAUGGAAUGUCAGAACAUGUUAACGAAGUUACACCGCCGUUUAUCAACAAUGCGGAUUUAAGAGGAUUUCAACCAGCAGAUACGGAAUUAUUUCCAUUUGAACCUAAAUCAGAGAAAAACAAUUUUCGCUUUCUGUAUGAAUUCUGGCCUUCAUUCAAUUAGAUCUUUUGUUAAGGCUGCUUGAUGACAGGCCCAAAAGGAGAUAGGUAUCACAAUGCGUUUACUUGGAUUAUGAUAAUUGGCAUAAGCACUUGUUUUUUUGUAAUAGCUGCUCCGUACGUUUGGUAGAAAUUGCAUUGGCUUUAUGUUUUAAUAGUUAUUUAUUUAUUCCUAAAUACAAUACUAUUUUUAGUGCUAACCUAAUUUUCAGAUCCAGGAAUAAUACCGAGGAAAUCUAUUUUAGAACUAUCUGAUUAGAACACUCAUUUCAUUAGUAAGGCGGAGGUUAAAAUCGAAGGAACUGGUGGGUAACAGAGAGUUUGUCCAACUUGUUAAAUCGUGAAGCCCUUGAGAUGUUCUCAUUGCAAGGAUUGCGGAAAUUGUGUUUAAGUGUUUGACCAUCAUUGUCCCUUUGUAAAUAAUUGUAUAGGGCAAAGAAAUUACAGAUUUUUUAUAGCCUUUCUGAUUUCGCUGCUCCUAUUGGCCUUGGGAGAAUUGGGGGGAUUCUUGAUCCUUUUCAUCGGAAACUUUGGAGAGGGUAUCUCAGGGAAGGAUGGGAUAUUGAUAGAGAAUCAAACAAUUUUAGUUAUAGUUUUAUUUGCUUUGGGGAUUCCCACAAUCCUACUGACUUUAUGUAUUUUGGUAUUUGUUUGCUUUCACAUUUGUUUGGCUUACACUGGAAAAACAACGAAGGAGUAGCUUUAGAAAAAGAAGAUUGCAGACAGAGGUAUUAUUCCAUCGACGACUUGGUGUGAUAAGGCGAAGUCAUUGUUUAAUCUUAGAUAAAAAAUUCAUAUUUCCAGAAUUAAAAAAUUCUAGAUUGUUGUGUGA